AUGGACGACCCAUCAUUUUCCGUCGAAGUCAACACCAACACCCAAGAAAUCCUUCUCGCCGCCUCAAACCACGAUCUCGCAGCCCUGAAACCAUUCCUCCGAAUCCCAGGAAACGCGUCCGUUCAAGAUCCAGAAACGGGGUUUACGCCGUUACAUGCUGCUAUUGCUGCAUGCGAAAAGGAGGAGAAUGGGGAGGAGGUUGAUAUAGAGAAAGCGAAAGAAGUAGUCAGAGAACUAUUCCUAAGCGGUGCGAUAUGGAAUGACCUCGAUUCCAACAACGAGACGCCCGGGUGUCUGGCGGGGCGGUUGGGGAGGAAAGAGUUAUAUGAAUUAUGCGUUGAAGCAGGCGUACGAGCAGAGAUGCUGCUAGGAUUGAUGGGGAAAUACGAGGUCUUGGACUCGGAAUCCGAGGACGAAGAGGAGGAAUCCGUAGACGUGGACGCAAUAAACGGGGACGAGAAAAAGGACGUGAACUCUGCAGAUUAUCUAGCCAGCGACCUCAAAUUCUCGGACGACAAACUCCUAGACGCUGAUAACAACGGCGUGAUGAUGGCCUGGGAAACGUCCAUCAUGGAGCGUUCUGUGGCCUCGUUACUACCGCCUGGCGAAGACAAGGGAAAGAGGAUAUUAAACAUCGGGUUUGGAAUGGGCAUCAUAGACACCCUCUUCGCCGAAACGCAACCAGCAAUCCACCACAUAAUCGAAGCCCAUCCCGCCGUCCUAGCCAAACUAAAAGAAGAGGACCACCCGUUCGGUCCAAAAUGGGAGGCUUCCUCUCCUGAACAGGGCGCAUAUAAAACUUACGAAGGGAAAUGGCAGGACGUUCUCCCUACCCUCCUCGAAACGGGAUAUACAUACGACGCGAUCUAUUUCGACACAUUCGGCGAGGACUACUCUGCUUUGAAACUCUUCUUCACUGAGUUCGUGCCUGGAUUGCUCGACGAGAACGGGAGGUUUGGGUUCUUCAAUGGUCUAGGGGCCGAUAGGAGGGUGUGUUAUGAUGUCUACACGCGGGUCGUGGAGUGUGAUUUGGUGGAUGCGGGAUUGGAGGUUGAGUGGGAGGAUGUGGAGGUGGGAAAGCUAGGGGAGGAGGGCGAGGGGGAGUGGGAGGGGGUGAGGAGACGGUAUUGGACGUUGGAGGGGUAUCGGUUGCCUACUUGUCGGUUUUUGUCGUGA